ACUUCAAACACACACACACACAAACACAUAUAUAAAGAGGAAGGAAAUAGUGAGAAAGACACCGUCAGAAGCCUCCAGGUCUCAGCACUGUUCUUUAUUUUUUUCUGUAAUUUAAAAGUAAGAUAUUUCUGCAGUUUAAUUUUCUUUCGGUGAGUUAGAAGGAGAAGAAAAAGGGAAUUAGCUUUUUCACUUCUUCCUUUUUGAAAGGAUCUGCACGUUUCUUUGCUUUGUUGAUUUUUUUUCUUCACAUGCAUCAAAGCCACAGACAAGAAGGACGCACUGACAAGGUCCACUGAAGGUCAGAAGAUGAACACCACCCUGUCCAACAGCUCCAUCAGGUGUGUUCGUGACACCAGCGUCACGGCUGUGCUUUUCCCCUGUCUGUACAGUAUCCUCUUUGUCAUUGCCCUCAUACUGAAUUCUCUGGCUGCGUGGAUCUUCUUCACCCUCCCCAGCACCUCCACGUUUGUGGUCUUCCUAAAAAAUGUGGUGGUAGCUGACUUCCUCAUGACCCUGACCAUCCCGCUCAAGGUCUUAAGUGACACCGGCGUGAGUUUCCGUGCCUUUCACUGCCGGUACUCCGCCGUUCUCUUCUACAUCACCAUGUACAUCAGCAUCCUCCUGCUGGGCCUCAUCAGUCUGGACCGAUACCUGAAAAUAGUCAAGCCCUUUGGGAAGUGCGCCCUGCAGCGUGUCCGCGUGGGACAGAUCCUGAGCGCGGCCGUCUGGCUGGUGAUGCUGUCCUUAGCGCUGCCUAAUGUCAUUCUGAGUGACCAACCACCCAAGAUCUCUGGUGGCAAACUGAAGUGCUCGUCCAUGAAGAGCCAAGCUGGUCUGAUGUGGCACGAAGGAUUCAACUACUUCUGUCAGGUGGUUUUCUGGGGCACCCUGGCUCUGAUGCUGGUUUGCUACACCUUCAUCAGCAAGAAGGUCUAUGAAUCAUACAAAGCAUCAAAGAGCAGAUCUCAGGCUGCGAGUCGCAGAACCAAGGCAAAGGUCUUUGUGGUGGUGGGGGUGUUCUUCAUCUGCUUUGCCCCCUUCCACUUCACACGCGUCCCAUACACUCUGACACAGACUGGCAGCAUGGUGAGUGACUGCUGGGCACAGAACGCUCUCUAUAUUGCAAAGGAAACAACCCUGUGGCUGUCAGCCACCAAUGUGUGUCUGGAUCCACUGAUAUACGUGUUCCUGUGCAAAGGCUUUCGUCAAAGACUGAUGGCCACACUCUGCCGUAAGGUCCUGCCCAAAGGCACUGCACACACUCCCACGGCGACAUCCACCCAGAUGGAAAUGUCAUAAAUAGCCCAGAACAACAAACUGUCUAAUAAGUAUGGAAUGUCAUAACAGGACAAUAGGCGGAGUAUAAUGGUACACAACUGUGAUAGGUCAAGACAGGAUGUGAGGAAACAGAGAGAUAUCAGUUUGUCAUGUACGUAGCUCUUUAUCCAAAUAACAUUACUGGUAAAAAAAAAAUCUGCUAAAAAUAAGGCGUGCUCAUGAAAAUGUGUUGUUUGUGUUGCAACGUCAGCUGCACUGUCAUUAUUACUGUGCGCCACACAUGUGCUUCUGUUUAUUAAGUAAUCUGCAACAUUUCCUUGGGUGGACAUGUCAUUUUUCACUUCCUUUUUUCUAAUCUUGCUCGAACUGCACUUUCCCUUCAGCAAACAUUUACUCCAGCAUUAAAAUCUUCACCAGAGACGUUUUCGCUGCAGAAACAACAUGAACCCAAACGUGCUGCCAAUGAUCGCCGCUGGUAGCAGAAUCAGUCGAAUGUGACUUUAAGUAUGAGCAGUAAAAAGAAACUUCUGAAUUUUGUGUCACAAGUGAAUGAGGUUUGUUUUGAGAGAAAACUAUUUCAUGUCCCCGGACUUGAUUGAUUUGCUCUACAUUUAAUGGACGUUACCACUGAAAUGACACUGUGAAUUUUUUCAAACAAAAAAGACAAUGUCAGGAGCACUUUUAGAUUUUAUUUUUUAGAUUUGUUUGAAUUGUUAUUUGUAUUAUUUUUGUUUUUAAUAAAACAGAUUGAUGAGCUUCAGUCGUUUGAACAGUUUUCCAUUCCAGGUUGGUUCUGAUUUGAAAGUGCUUCAUUUUUGAGUUGUUAAAUACAAAUCUGAUCAAAUCAAAGUUAACCCAGCUCAACACUGGGCAGAUAUGAUGGUAAAAACCUUUUGUUGUCAGUUUUAGAAAUCUGUGACCUGAACUUGUAAAUAUUGAAUUGUCAUGUUAAAAGAAUAAACUAUUAUAAGAUAAAAUAAAUAUAGCUGUUUUAGGUCCUAUUGAAAUGUCUGAAAUGCAUUAAAAUGUGUACACUGUA